CUACAAUUACAGAUAUCAAUCUGAUACGAGGGGGAAAUGAAAAUUCGAGGAAUUUAGGGCACUCCCGCUGCUUCCCAUUUUUCACAUUUUCGGUUCCCGCUGCUCCUCUCUCUCUCUCUAUACACAUAUGAUAAUUCCCUCCACCCCUCUCUCUCUCUCUCCUCUCUCUUGAACCAGGCUUGGGAUCUAAUUAUAAGUUUCUGGGAUCUUUUGGGUUGAUAUUUGGUUAUAUGUAUUAUGAGAGCUUGUUCAAAGCUUCUAGCUGUGAAGUCAAGUACUCCUUGUCCCAUUUGUGUAUUGGUUCUCCCUAGCUGCUUCUGAACAUUUCUUAAUGAGUGUAGAUUUUGGGUGAUUUGUGGAUUCAGGAGAUUUUUGGAAAGCUUUGUGCUUUUCCUGUAUCUCAAAUUAAGCACGAAAAUGACAAGUUGCAUUUUUUUUCUUAUGCAUUCUAGGUGAGACUCUGAGUUAGUACCUGGAUUUUAUUUCACAUGGAAUGCAACAAAGAUGAAGCCAUCAGGGCUAAGGAAGUUGCAGAGAAGAAGAUGCACAAUGAUGAGUUUGAAGGAGCUCGGAAGUUUGCGCAAAAGGCCCAGCGACUUUUCCCAGAACUUGAGAAUAUUUCCCAGCUGUUAACGGUCUGUAAUGUUCACUGUUCAGCCCAAAACAAAAUAUGUGGGACCGAGAUGGACUGGUAUGGAAUCCUUCAAAUGGAAAGAUUUUCUGAUGAGGCAAACAUCAAGAAGCAAUACCGGAAACUAGCACUCGUACUUCAUCCUGAUAAAAACCAAUUUCCUGGUGCUGAAGCUGCUUUUAAGCUGAUUGGGGAAGCAAAUAUGGUGCUUUCAGACAAAGGAAAACGUUCAUUGUAUGAUAGCAAGUGUAGAUUUUCAAUGAGAACUGCUGCAACAAAUCCACCAUCCCGUCAGGUAAAUAAAAUACCUGGUGAUAGGAAACAACACGUGCCAACCCAGACAAGUCUUUCAAAUGGCCGGCAAGCAUUUUGGACAUCCUGCCCGUUUUGUAAUAUGAGGUAUCAGUAUUACAGAGAUUUUGUUAACAGGGCUCUCCGCUGUCAAAAUUGCGCGAAGCCUUUUAUUGCCUAUGAUUUAGGUGCUCAAAAUGUUCCCCCAGUAUCCAGCAAUUCUCAGCCUGCAUUUCCGCAACAGAAACAGGCUCAAAGUCAGGAGCAGUUUAAAGUGGGAUCACAAAGUACUGGUGGUUUUCCUCCUCCCCACAUGGGACAUCAGGGAAGUUUUAGCAAUAAAACAGUGGGGUCAGAACCAGUGUCAAGGACAGGAAGCACUGCUGAUGUUGGUGGGGGUUCUAAAAUUAAUGUAGAAAAAGAUGGACAUGCACGUAAAGUGGAUGGGAAGGAAGGAGUUGGAUUAGCCAAGGUUGAUACAGUGAAGCCCAAGAAGUCAGGCACUUCGAGAAACCCAACCAGAAAAAGAGGGCGGAAAUUGGUGGUGGAAUCCAGUGAAAGUUGUGAUGCUGCAACUAGUGCUGACACAGAAGAUGUGAUCAUUCAAGAAAAUGGCGACAGUUCUGCUGGGCAGAAUUCUGGACUCAAUGGUAUCCCCCAUACUCGUAGAUCUUUUCGAAGAAGGCAGAAUGUUUCCUACAAUGAACGUUUAAAUGAUGAUGACGACUUUGCGAGCCCUCCAAAGAGGUCAAAGGGAAACGGAUUAUCCUCCAAAGACAAUAAAGAAGAGCUGAAAGAAGCUUUCAACAAUGGGGUAGCUAAAACUGAUAAUUCAGCUGGCUUUGCUGCUGCUGCAGAUAGAGAAAAGGAAGAUAUCAAACGAAAAGGAAAUGCCCAUCUUAAAGGAAGCUUGCCGAAUGGAAGCGGUGAAGCUGCAGAACAUGGGGUUAAUAGAGAAGAAGCUGCCAUGGCAGAUUGCAAUGCUAAAACAUCUGAAGUCAUUGAUGAUUCUGAUUGUGCCCCAAAUCCAGAGUACUAUGAAUGCCCUGAUUCAGAGUUCAAUGAUUUUGACAAGGAUAAAGAAGAUACUUGUUUUGCUGUUGAUCAAAUCUGGGCUUGUUAUGAUCCAACCGAUGGCAUGCCAAGAUUCUAUGCCCGUGUCAGGAAAGUAUUUUCGCCUGGAUUUAGGUUGCGAAUCACUUGGCUAGAGCCUGAUCCAGAGGAACAAGAUGAGAUUAAUUGGGUCAAUGAAGAUUUGCCUAUUGCUUGUGGCAAAUUUUUUCAUGGGAACCCUGAAAAUAUUGUGGAUCGUCUUAUUUUCUCUCAUCAGGUUCAUUGUGAAAAAGGUAGUAGUAGAGGUUCUUUCAUGGUAUAUCCCAGAAAAGGAGAAACUUGGGCUCUCUUCAAGGACUGGGAUGUUAGCUGGAGUUCUGACGCAGAAAAUCAUAAAAACUAUAAAUUUGAAAUUAUGGAGAUCAUCUCUGAUUUUGUUGAGGGUUAUGGCGUAAGGGUUGCUUACUUGGAUAAAGUGAAAGGCUUUGUCAGUUUGUUUCAACCAACAACCCGGGAGGGGAUUGUCUCAUUUCUGAUACCACCUACUGAGUUACUUAGGUUUUCCCAUCGAAUUCCUUCAUUUAAAAUGACUGGCACAGAAAGAGAGGGUGUCCCUAAAGGGUCUUUUGAACUAGAUCCUGCUUCACUGCCUAUUAAGUUUGAUGAGUGUGGCGAUGUGAAGAUGGAGGCAUCUCCAGAAAAAGGUGUCAAAUUCAUGAAGAGUGCUGAGAAGUUGAACACUCCAAAGAAGGAUGUUGGCUUUGAAUGGGAGAAUGAUCUUGAAAAAGAGAAAUUUAAACUUCGAAGAUCCCCGAGGGAUUUAAGCAAAGAUAAGAAAUACAAUCAAAUGAAUGCUAGUCAAUGCCCUAUUAAAGAGGGAACUGCCAAGGAUGAUUUAGACAGUGCUGACAAGAAACAUGUUGACCUUACUCCUUCUAAAGGAAGAGCUCCAUGUAAUGGGGAUGAGAAACUAAAUUUGCCCAUGAAUGAAUCAAGUCCCCAGAGUUUCGCAAAAUGCCCUAGCGUUCCUCCAUCUUUUUCUCCGGGUGGCAAAAUUUUAGAAGAGUUUCACAAUUUUAAAGAGGACAAAUCUGAAGGGAAGUUUCAGCUUGGUCAAAUAUGGGCUCUGUAUAACAUUGACAGUAACGAUAGGUUGCCUACGAGCUAUGCUCAGAUUAAGAAGAUUGGAUCUUGUCCAUUCCAAUUGCAUGUGGCAAUGCUUGAACCAUGCACUCACUUUACAGAUAGAAUGCAGGCUGUUUGUUGUGGAACAUUCAAAGUUCAAACAGGAAAGCCCAGGAUCUUUUCACCCAGUUCCUUUUCGCAUGCAUUAAAAGAAGAUUUCAUUGGUAAAAACAGAUUUGACAUCUAUCCCAGGGAAGGGGAGAUUUGGGCAUUAUACAAGGAUUGGAAUGCUAAUAUGUCAUGUUCAGAUCUAAAGGAUUGCAAAUAUGAAUUGGUGGAAGUUCUUGAAGAUAAUGAGCACUGCACAAAAGUUUCACCUCUGAUUCGUCUGAAUGGUUACAAGUCAGUUUUUAAGGCUCCAAGAAGACAAAGGUCAGGUAGUGGUGCCAUGGAGAUACCCCGAGUUGAGUUAGCAAGAUUCUCUCAUCAAAUCCCUUCUUUUAAACUCACAGAAGAGAAAGAUGGGCGCCUGAAAGGCUUUUGGGAGCUUGAUCCUGAUGCAAUUCCAGAUUUUAGCAGCUGAUUUACUGGAAAGACUCCUCUUCAGUUGAGCACUCGUUCAGAUUGGCCUUGUAAGUGAUGGAUGAAGAUGUGGCUCACAAUUCGGCCAACGUAACCAUUUUGAAACCUAUUUUGUGCGUUGGAACUGUCACUGACAAAUCUUUGGAGUAAUUAUAACCUUCUUUUAACUGCAAUAUUUACUUUUAGUAGAUAUAUUAUUUUGAAGCUUGAAUAUAGUUUGAAAUGCAUUUCCUCCAAUUAGUGUUUGUUUGAAUGAGGAUUAUUUGUGAGACUUGGUAUCUUCAUUUUUAUUUUUUGCAUAGGAGGAUACUAAUUUUGGGCAGUCACAAAAUGAACUAGAGCCUUAUAUAGCAGUCAAUUGACUGUUUAAAAUUUGCAUCUUGUGAAAUGUUGAAUACUUAUCUUGGUGUUUUCACUAAUCAUUUUCUAUUAUAUGGCAGUAAA